UUAAAUUCUUCAUAAUGUUUGUUCUUCUAUGCGUAUGAUGUUUGCUGUCCUAUGAAACAUGUAAAUAAUUUUGCAAUUUUUUAACUUUUUAUUUUGUGUUUACAUGCAUAAGUUUGUCCCAUAGAUUUUAUUGCCAAAACAGAAUCAAUUAAAAUAUUAUCCGGUUUCGUAGUUUCCUUGUUUCAGUUACUUCUACAAGCUAAAGAUAUUAUUAUAUGAGAAAUACUGUUAAAGAAUUGUUAAUAAACAAAUGUAUAUGACAAUUCAUGUCAUUAAAAAAGGAUUCUCUGAAUUCUUUUAAUAACAAGCAUCUUACAGGUUAUGGAAAAUCUGUGAGAAAUGUUAGUGUGAAAUGUUUACAAAACCUAGAAGAUCUGAAAAAAUCUUGUGAUAAAUUGGGUUUAAUAUUCGUUGAUGAUUCUAAAGAUAUGAGGAAAGUUGAUUUGAUUUUAGAUGAUAAAGUUGUAAAAAAUCAAAGAUAUUACUUUGUUAAGUGGCAAGGACUUAGCAAUAAAUAUAAUACAUGGGAGCCUAAUAACCAAUUAACGGACUCUGAAGAUUUGCUUUCCUAUUAUACUUCUCUAAAGUAUCCAUCUGCUUUGUUAUCUGAAGAAAUGAUUUUCUAUUUCAUAAAGGAUCUCAUGACCCGUAAACCACGUGACAUUUUAACUAUUAUUAAGCUUUGUGCAUUAAUUUAUGGAUUUGAUGAAGAGUACAUUAGUAGUUUAGGUCUGACUUUUGCUGAUCUGAAAACAAAAUUGAUAAAAAUUCUUGAUAUACCUAUUGGCAAAUUGAAUAAAAUUGGAGAAAAAUUAUUAGAGCUGAUGAAAUUUGCUGAAAAAAGAAAAUUUGUCCUAUCAGGAUUGAAGGAUUGGGAAAUUGAAAUAAAUGCUAAUUCUUCAGUAUUUAUAAAAGUAGAAAAUAAUGUUGAUCUCACUGGUCCUCCUGCCAAUUUCCAAUUCAUCAAUAAUUAUAUUAGUUCUUAUGUUGACCUAACUGAAAACCCUGUUGUAUUUUGUUCUUGUGUUGAUUGCUAUGAAAAUCGUAAGGAAUGUUGCUCUCAUAAUUUAGAUGGUAGUUUUGCCUAUAAUAAAGAUCAGCGUCUCCAAUUGGCUGUAGGUUAUCCUAUUUAUGAAUGCAAUAAACUUUGCAAAUGUGAUAAUAAUUGUAUCAACAGAGUGGUUCAGCAUGGUCCAAAAGUCAAACUAGCAAUUUUUAGAACUAAAAAUGGAUGUGGUUGGGGACUGAAAACCUUGGAAUUCAUACAGAAAGGUCAAUUUGUAUUGGAAUAUCUUGGUGAGAUUAUUACAUCUCAACAUGCCGAAGAAAGAGGAGAAGUAUAUGAUCAUCUUGGUAGAACCUAUCUUUUUGAUAUGGAUUGGGAAAAAGAUUGUAAGUAUACUGUUGAUUCAAUGCUUUUUGGAAAUGCGUCUCAUUUUAUAAACCAUUCCUGUGAUCCAAAUUUGGAAACUUAUACUGUAUGGAUUAAUCAACAAGAUCCCAUGUUACCCAGAAUUGCAUUUUUUGCCAAAAAGAAGAUAAAUCCUGAUGAAGAAUUGACAUUUGACUACAAAAUGAUUGAUACUCGGGGUAAACAAGGUAUACCAGUUCCUGAAGAUGAAAGGGUACUUUGUAAAUGCAACUCAAGAAACUGUAGAAAAUUUUUAUUUUAAGCUUUAAUGUGUGUAAACUGUAAUUAAUUUAAACAUGUGUUGUAAAAUAUUUUUCAUAUUCUUAGUAACAAAAUUAUUCAUUUAUAUUGAUUAGCAUUGUUUAAUAAAUGAUAUGAAUCUCUUAAUUUUUGAAAAACUGUCGACUAAGUUUAAAAGGGUUGCUUUAGAUUGUGUUUUCCAUUUCAUGAUGAUAACAAAUAUAUGUAUUUUUAAUUUCUUAGUUCUUUUUUUAAAUUACAGUUAAAAUCUUGAUCAUUUUUCACUUUUUUUGCAAAAGCUAUAUUCAUUAUAAUAUUAAAGAA